AUGGCAGAAGCCCACCAAGCCGUCGCAUUUCAGUUUACAGUAACUCCAGAUGGCAUUGACUUGAGAUUAAGUCAUGAAGCUCUGCGACAGAUCUAUCUUUCUGGCCUCCACUCGUGGAAGAAGAAGUUCAUUAGAUUUAAGAAUGGAAUCCUCACCGGCGUCUUCCCAUCAAGCCCUACCAGCUGGUUAGUGGUGGUGGUUGGCGUGACAUCAGCGCAAAUGUAUACCAAAGUGGACCCGUCACUAGGAUUAAUAGAGAAAAUAAACCAAGCACUAGCUACAACCGGAUACAUGACCAGUCAGACUCAGAACAUUGUCAGUGAUGUUAUCUUUGGCACUGGUCUAUGGGUGGCUCUCUUUGCCACCAUGCGCUACUCCCUGAAGAUGCUCUUGUCCUACAAAGGAUGGAUGUUUGAGGAACAUGGAAAGCUCUCCGCCACUACUAGGAUAUGGAUGGGAAUGGUGAAGUUGUUCUCUGGACGAAAGCCAAUGCUGUACAGUUUCCAAACUUGUCUUCCUCGCCUCCCAGUGCCAGCUGUUAAGGACACAGUCAGAAGGUACUUGGAGUCUGUUAGGCCCCUCAUGGAUGAGCAGCAGUUCAAGAGAAUGGAAGGCCUUGCUGAUGAUUUUGCCAUUAACCUUGGACCAAAACUUCAGUGGUACUUGAAACUGAAAUCAUGGUGGGCCACAAACUAUGUAAGCGACUGGUGGGAAGAGUAUAUCUACCUCAGAGGCCGUGGACCAAUUAUGGUCAACAGCAAUUACUAUGCAAUGGAUUACUUAUAUGUGUUGCCAACCCAAAUCCAAGCAGCAAGAGCUGGCAAUGCCAUCCAUGCCAUUUUGCUCUAUCGAAGAAAACUGGACAGAGAAGAAAUUAAACCGAUUCUGCUGAUGGGAUCCACUGUUCCACUAUGCUCAUCUCAGUGGGAGAGAAUGUUUAAUACUUCCCGGAUCCCUGGAGAAGAAACAGACACCCUUCAGCAUGUAAAGGACAGCAAACACAUUGUUGUCUACCACAAGGGGCGCUACUUCAAAGUGUGGCUCUAUCAUGAUGGACGAUUACUGAAGCCCAGGGAGAUUGAACAGCAGAUGCAAAGAAUAUUGGAUGACAAAUCUGAGCCCCAGCCUGGGGAGGAGAAACUGGCUGCCCUUACUGCUGGAGACAGGGUACCCUGGGCCAAUGCUCGUAAAACCCACUUUGUAAAUGGAAAGAACAAGCAGAGCCUGGAUGCUGUUGAGAAAGCUGCUUUCUUUGUAACCCUGGAUGACACUGAACAGGGAUACAAGAAGGAUGACCCUGUGACAUCUCUUGACAAAUAUGCCAAGUCUCUCUUACAUGGAAAAUGUUAUGACAGGUGGUUUGAUAAAACAAUUAGUUUCGUUGUGUUCAAGAAUGGGAAGAUGGGCAUGAACUGCGAGCACUCCUGGGCUGAUGCUCCAAUUGUGGGCCAUCUCUGGGAGUAUGUUAUGGCAACAGAUAAACUUGACCUGGGAUACCUAGAGGACGGACAUUGUAAAGGAGAUACUAAUCCUAGCAUCCCACCACCAAGCAGACUGCAGUGGGACAUCCCUGAAGAGUGCCAAAACGUGAUUGAGAGUUCCAUGACUGUUGCCAAAGCUCUUGCAGAUGAUGUUGAUUUUCAUUCAUUUCCUUUUGACAAUUUUGGCAAAGGGAUUAUCAAGAAAAACCCGAACAAGCCCGGAUGCCUUUGUCCAGUUGGCUCUUCAGCUGGCACAUUUUCGGGACAAAGGAAAAUUCUGCCUGACCUAUGAGGCCUCCAUGACCAGAUUAUUCAGGGAAGGCAGGACUGAAACUGUGCGUUCUUGUACUAUUGAAUCCAGUGAAUUUGUUUUGGCCAUGGCAGAUCCCAAACAAAGCAAUGAAAAUAAAAUUAAGUUAUUCAAGGCAGCAGCAGAGAAGCACCAACAGAUGUACCGCCUGGCCAUGACGGGAGCUGGAAUUGAUCGUCACCUCUUCUGUCUCUACGUGGUGUCAAAAUACCUGGGGGUUGACUCUCCUUUCCUUAAAGAAGUUCUGUCAGAGCCAUGGAGACUGUCCACCAGCCAGACACCACAGCAGCAGGUUCACCUUUUCCAAUUGGAGAAGUACCCAGAAAAUGUUUCAAGUGGUGGUGGCUUUGGACCUGUUGCUGAUGAUGGUUACGGUGUCUCCUAUAUCAUUGUUGGUGAAAACCUGAUCAACGUACACAUAUCAAGCAAAUUCUCCAGUCCAGAGACGGAUUCACAUCGCUUUGGACAACACAUCAGACAAGCAAUGCUUGAAAUUAUGGGUUUAUUUAACAUCAGUACAAACAACUGCAACAAGGCCAAGAAGUAA